AUGGAGACGGGGAGAGCCGGCGAGCCGCGGUCGGCUGAGCCCGGGUCCUACGCGCUCGGGGGCGCGACGGGGACGCCAGCCCCGCGUCCGGCCGGGAGCCGCGGCCUCGGCGCGUCCCCCCGGCCGCCGCCGCUCGCCGGCUCCGAGGCGCCCCGCUCCCGCUUCGGGGCCCGGGCCCGCCGCGCGGCGCCCUGCGCGCUGCAGCCGCCCCCCGAGCCGCACCCGCUGCGUGUGCGCCCCGCCUCGCUGCGCUCCCAGGACAUCUCGCACCUGCUCUGCGGCCUCUUCCGCGGCCUGUACGCCGGCGAGGUGAUCGGCGAGCACCUGAGCGCGAACCUGAUCAAGGCCCGCGGCAGCGAGCAUGCGCGCCACGAGGCGUUCGUGGACGAGCUGCGGCGGAUUCGGGAGCUCUACAAGCAGCGGCUGGAGGAGAUUGAAAUGUUGGAGACGCAUAUUAUUCAGGCCCGCGCCCGAGCCCUUGCGGAGAAAGAACGGACCAUGCAAUGGGCUGAUGCACGGGGCCCGGAGACCUUCAUCAGCAUGCCUCCAGUGAAGACUAUCUUCAGAUGCUGUGUGGACAAUGAGUUGCUGCAGAAGCAUCAUUUGAUCUGCCCAGAUGAUUACUACAGUGAUCCCGUGCCAUUCUGCUCUGCACCUAAAGGGGUCUCCAUCCCCAGGUGUUCAAAAUUCACAUUCAGUUAUGAGAAGUGUUCUGUCCCAACGAAAUACAUGGCCAAGAAGCUUGAAGCUUCCUGCAGAAAGCUGCUCACCAAGUUUGAAGAGGAGCCAGACUACACUGUGGACAGUCUGACGUGGGACUCAUCUUUAAAGGCCAAACGCAAGACUGUCCAGAAAACAGGCCCACCCAAGAAUAAGAGCUGGAUGAACCACGUACGGGUGCCCCAGAGAGAACUGGAGCGGCUUCUGCUUGCCAGGAUGGACAGUCGGAGCCGCUUCCUUAAAAACCCCCGGUUUUUCCCCCCUAACACUCCAUGUGGAGGCAAGUCCCUUCUCUUCCCUCUGAAGAAGCCAGUGCUGAGAGGAGCAUUACAGAGUGGAGAGCCAGUGGAGAGUUGUGCUGAUACCCCAGUGUUCCUUGCUGAACCAUCAAUCGGAUUUUUCACAGAUUAUGAAAUUGGGCCAGUUUAUGAGAUGGUGAUCUCGCUGCAGAACACGACGGCAGCUGGCCGCCACCUGCGGGUGCUCCCGCCGUCCACGCCCUACUUCGCGCUGGGACUGGGGAUGUUCCCGGGAGCAGGCGGCAUGGUGGCCCCUGGCCUGGCCUGCCAGUACACUGUGCAGUUUCUCCCCGACUGCCUCGGGGACUUCGACGAUUUCAUUUUGGUGGAGACGCAGUCAGCCCACCCGCUCCUGAUCCCGCUGCAGGCCCGCAGGCCGCCCCCCAUGCUGACGCUGUCACCGGUGUUGGACUGUGGCUACUGCCUCAUUGGGGGAAUGAAGGUCUCCAGGUUCCUCUGCAAAAACGUGGGCUUCAGUGCCGGCAAGUUCUGCAUCAUGGCUAAAAAGAGCUGGCCGCCCAUAAGCUUCAGGGCUGUGGCCACCGUGGGCUUCGUGGAGCAGCCUCCCUUUGGUGUCCUGCCCUCCGUGUUUGAGCUGGCUCCGGGCCAGGCCGUGUGUCUGGAGGUCCUCUUCCUCCCGACGAGCCUGGAGAAGGCCGAGCAGACCUUCAUCGUUGUGUGUGACAACUGCCAGAUAAAGGAGCUGGUGACCACAGGAACCGGCCAGCUGGUUGCCUUGGAUCUGAUCUAUAUUUCUGGGGAAGAAAGCCAGCCGGAGCCUGGAGAGCUCACGGACCUGACAGCCCAGUACUUCAUACGCUUCGAGCCUGAGAACCUUCAGUCCACAGCUAGAAAACAGCUGAUUAUUAGAAAUGCCACGCACGUGGAGCUGGCCUUCCACUGGCAGAUCAUGAAGCCCAACCUGCAGCCCCUAAUGCCUGGAGAAGCCUUCAGCCUGGACAGCCUCAAGUGCCACCCUGACAGGGAGACGGCCUUCUCCAUCCUGCCCAGCAGAGGGGUUCUCGGCCCCCACACGGACCACGAGUUCAUCCUGACCUUCUCUCCUCAUGAGCUCCGGGAUUUUCACAGUGUGCUCCAGAUGGUGCUGGAGGACGUCCCGGAGCCCGUGACCUCGGACCUGGAAAACCGGAAGGACCCCUCCUCCGCGGCGGAUGACGUGAUUGCGCUGGAGGUGGAGGUGAAGGGCUCCGCGGAGCCCUUCCGGGUUCUCUUAGAGCCCUACGUCCUGGUGCUGCCCGGGGAGAGCUACGUGGGCACGAACGUGAAAAAGCAUUUUAAGAUGUGGAGCAACAGCAGGUCGGCCCUCAGGUACCAGUGGGGGAAGGUCAGUGACUGCCACGUCAUCGAGGUGGAGCCCUGCGCGGGGACCAUAGAGCCCAGCGAGGUGGAGGAUUUUGAGCUGAGCUUCACCGGCGGGGCCCCCGGCCCAACAAGCCAGGACCUGCUGUGUGAGAUCCAAAACUCGCCCUCCCCGGUGGUGUUACACAUCGAGGCGGCCUUCAAGGGGCCCACGCUCGUCCUCAGCGCCUCAGCCCUUCAGUUUGGCCUGCUGCGCCCGGGGCAGAGGGCCGCCCUCGGCCUCCACAUCCGGAACCCCAGCCAGCUCCCCGCCACGUGGUGCCUGAGGGAGAGCCCGGCGUGCCUCCGGGAGAGGGGGGAGGCGGUGUCUCCCUUCGACAUGGAGCCCUCGAGCGGCCAGAUUCAUGCUCUGGGGGAGUGCAUGGUGAGCGUCGCCCUGGAGGCCAAGCGGUGCCAGCGUCUGCAGACGGUUCUGGAGCUGGAGGUGGUCAACGGUGCCUGGAGCUACCUGCCUGUAUACGCUGACGUGCAGGAGCCCUUCGUGUACCUGCAGAGCAGCCACGUGGAGGUCAGCAGCCUGUACCUGGGCGUGCCCGCCAAGGCGACCGCGACACUCGUCAAUGGCACACUCCUGCCCACCCGGUUCCACUGGGGCAAGCUGCUGGGGCGCCAAGCACACCUCUGCACCGCCAAGGUGUCCCCGAGACGCGGCACGCUGGGCCCCAGCGAGGAGCGCCAGCUCAUCCUGGAGUUGACGGCCCACACCCAGCACGAGCUGAGCGACCUGGCCCUCCCUUGCACGGUGUCAGGCAUGAAGGAGCCGCUGGUCCUGGGCAUUUCUGGGAAGCCCCAGGGACUGCAGGUGGCUAUUGCCAUCUCUGCGGGGGACCCUGACGGCAGUGUCCCCGGCGCAGAGCCGCGACCAGACCGCCUGGAGGAGCUCCGCCUGGACUUUGGCUCCACGGUGCCCCUGUGGACCCGCGUGAGCCGCCAGCUCAUCCUGACCAACCGCUCCCCGAUACAGACGCCUUUCACCCUCAAGUUUGAGUACUUCGGGAGCCCCCAAAACAGCCCGAGUCGGAAACCCAGCCUCCCUGACAUGCCCCCUGCCCUGCUGAAGACGUCACGGAUUCGAGAACACUUGGCCAAGCGAGAACGGCUGACCCUGAUGGAAAGCAUGCUGUCCCACGGGAAGGGGGCCGCCUUCUUCGCCUGCCCCCCCCAGGGCCUGCUGGGUGGCCACCAGCAGCUGCGCGUCGACGUCGCAGGCUGUGCCAACAUGUGGGGCGAGUACUGGGACGACCUCGUCUGCACGGUGGGGGACCUGCCGCCCGUCGUCAUCCCGGUGCACAUGGCGGUGGUGGGCUGCCCCCUCAGCUCCCUGAGGACCACCUACUGCACCAUGGACCAGGUGCAGAAGGAGCCUGUCAUCAGGUUUGGCACCCAGGUCUCCGGGGGAGACACAGUCACGCGGGUCCUUCGCUUGAACAACUCCAGCCCCUGCGAUAUCCGCCUGGACUGGGAGACCUACACUCCGGAAAACAGGGAGGACCGGCUGGUGGAGCUGCUCGUGUUCUACGGGCCACCCUUCCCGCUGCAGGACCAAGCAGGGAACGACCUCUCGUGCCCAGAGACCCCUGAGGGCAGCAGCUCCUUCUGGUCCCCGAGCCCCUCCAAUGAGUCUGAGUCCAGCCAUGAAGCUGUCCAGUCUGCCGGGGCCUCGCAGAAGCUCAUCUCCGUCGUCCUGCGGGAGCACGACGGGGUGCCCUCCGGCCGCCUGUACCGCGUCAGCCCCUCGCAGAUGGUGGUCCCGGCGGGGGGCAGCGGCACCGUGUCCUUCUCCUUCACACCCGUGGUCCUCGGCCCCGAGAUCCCGCACAAAGUGGAGUGUGUCGGCUAUGCCCUGGGCUUCAUGAGCUUGGACGACGAGGUGGAGAGAGAGCUCCCUGGGCGGCGGCGGCGGCGGCAGGACUUUGCCGUGGGGCCCCUGAGGCUGGACCUGCACAGCCACGUGAGGCCCGCGCGGCUACGCGUGGAGCCGGACUGUGGCCGUGGCAUGGAGUUCUGGCACCAGGCCAGCGACCUCAUCCCCAAGCAGCCCUGUUCCGGGGUGCUGAGCGAGCUGGUGACCACCCGCCACCUGAAGCUGACCAACACCACAGAAAUCCCACAGCACUUCCGGCUCCGGGUCUCCAGGCCCUUCUCGGUUUCCCAAGGCGGGGCCGGCGGGGGGCGGGGGCGGGAGCAGGAGCCGGCCUCGGCUGGGGAGCUGCUGGUGCUCGGCCCCACGGAGAACAUGCUGGUGGGCGUGUCCUUCUCGCUGUCCCUGGAGCUGCUCUCCUACCAGAAGCUGCCGGCUGAGCAGAUGCUGCCCGGGGUGGACAUCCAGCAGCACGCCGGCGGGGAGAAGGAGAUGGUGUUCACGCAGAGCCUGAUCCUGGAGCACGCCAACCGGACCACUCAGGUGGUGCCCCUGAAGGCCACCGUGGCCGUGCCCCAGCUGCAGCUCUCCACCAGCUGGGUGGACUUCGGGACCUGCUUUGUGAACCAGGAACGGGUCCGGGAGGUCUCCCUCCUGAACCUGAGCGGCUGUCGGAGCUACUGGGCCGUGCUGCUGGGCCGGCAGGAGCCCGACACGGAGCCUGCGGCCUUCGGGGUGUCCCCGAGCAGCGGGCUGCUGGAGGCGCGACAGGCCAACGCACCCCCGAAGACCACCCCCCUCCGGGUUUCCUUCACCGCCAGGAGCAGCGCGCUGUACGAGUCCACGCUGGUGGUGGAAGGCGUGCUCGGGGAGAAGGCUCGCAGCCUGCGGCUCCGCGGGCGAGGCUCGCACGACGAGAGAUACGCGUCAGCCCCCCAGCCCUGAGGCUCUGCCCUCGGCCCCCAGCUGCGCAAAUAAACCAGCACCCAGA